AUGGCUGUCACACAACUGAGCCUCCCGUCGCUGGACAGGAUCGCCUCCGGCAAGGUGCGCGACCUGUUCGCGCUGCCGGACCCGGACCGGCUCCUCUUCGUCGCCUCGGACCGGCUGUCGGCGUUUGACGUGGUCAUGAAGAACGGCAUCCCCAACAAGGGCGCCAUCCUGACGCUCACGUCGGCGCACUGGUUCCGCGUCCUGGCCGAGCGCAUCCCCGGCCUGCGCACCCACUUCAUCAGCCUCGACGUGCCCGCCGGCGUCGUCACCGCCGGCGAGGCCGCCGCCCUGCGCAACCGCAGCAUGCAGGUCCGCAAGCUGCAGGUCAUCAAGAUCGAGGCCAUUGUGCGCGGCUACCUCACCGGCAGCGCCUGGAAGGAGUACCAGGCCAAGGGCACCGUCCACGGGCUGGCCAUGCCCGCCGGCAUGCAGCUGUCGCAAAAGUUCCCCCAGGCCAUCUACACGCCCAGCACCAAGGCCGACCUGGGCGCCCACGACGAGAACAUCCACCCGGAUGACGCCUGGAAGGAGAUUGGCGACAAGGAGACGGCGCGCCAGGUCCAGGAGCUGUCGCUCAAGAUCUACAACGCUGCCGCCGCCUACGCCGAGGAGCGCGGCAUCAUCAUCGCCGACACCAAGUUCGAGUUCGCCAAGGACGCCGACGGCAACGUCUACCUGGUCGACGAGGUGCUGACGCCCGAUUCGUCGCGCUUCUGGCCCAAGGACUCGUACGAGCUGGGCAAGGAGGCCGACAGCUUCGACAAGCAGUUCAUCCGCAACUGGCUCAUCCGUGAGGGGCUCAAGGGCAAGGAGGGCGUCGAGGUGCCGCAGGACAUUUGCGCGGCUACCGAGGAGAAGUACAAGGACGUCUUUUUCAGGCUGACGGGCAAGAAGUUUGAAGAUGCCAUUGCAAACUAG